GGUGUUGGUGACGGUUUGUGUCUUCGGACAAGAAGAGGAGACCGAUGAAGAGGUCACCGGCAUCCUCUCUCUUCUCCAAAACCCUCUACUUCAUCUAUCGCCCUCGUCCCGCCGAUGCUCUACUUUCCUCCUCCUCCUCUGACUCCGUCGCCGCUACCGGAAGCGGAGCUCUUCAGCCCAGCUUCAUGUCCGAAUACCUCGUCACGUCAUGUGGCUUCUCCCCGGAGAAGGCGACCAAGGCCUCGAAUCUCCUCGGCGGCAUCGCGUCCCGCCGGCAGCCCGACUCCGUCCUUGGCUUUCUCAAAAGCCACGGUUUCGACGACACCCAUGUGAAAGAGCUGCUGUCUGGGAACCCCCGGUGGCUUCUCCUCGACGUGGAGAAGACCCUGGCCGCCAAGUUCCGAGCUCUCCAGGAGUUAGGCUUCUCACAGUCCGACAUCACCCAACUCGUCCUGACCAAUCCCUCCGCAAUCAACUACCACAUCCGCACCGUCGUGCACAGGAUCCGGUUUUGGCAGGGACUCAUCGGAUCCAACGACCUCCUCAUAAAGCUCUGUAAUCACCACCAGUGGCUUCUCGGGUAUAGCGUCGAGAAGAGGAUCCAGCCAAACAUCGAUAUGCUACGGAGCUGUGGAUUCACGGAUCAAAAGCUUAGAACGAUCCUGGGGUACCACCCCACGUUGGUAACCCAGAGGGCGGAAACCUUGAGGACCUUGAUCAGUCGUGUCGAGGGAUUCGGAGUAGCCCGCACCUCGCCGAGGUUCCACUUGACUCUGUGGAUGCUCUCCAAUGUUAGCGUGGAGAGAUUCAAUGCGCAAAAGAAGCUAUUCGGGGCCUUCGGGUGGUCAGAGGCCGACUUCCUCGACGCAUUCAAAAAGACUCCUGGUUUCUUGACAAGUUCCUUGAAGAAUCUGAAGAUGAAAAUGGAAUUCUUGGUGAAUGAGGCUGGAUAUGCUCCGUCUUAUAUCGCCCUCCGGCCUGUGCUUUUGACAUAUAGUUUAGAGAAAAGGGUGAUCCCAAGAUAUCAGCUCAUGGCAGCCCUGAAGUCCAGGGGGCUGUGCGCUGGUCAUCCCAAAUUGUUCACAUAUAUCUCGUGUUCAGAGAAGAAGUUCUUGGAAAGGUUUGUGGCUUGUGUUCGUGAGCCCUCUUCCCCUUACAUGCAAGCAUGAACGAUUGUUGUUGUCCGCUGUCCAUUGCUCUGUCAUUGAUUUCAGGUAUGCUUCCUCCACCUCUUCCUUCUGCUUCAUCCUCAUCCUCCACUAUUUACUCCUUUCUUCGUUUAACUCCUUACUCUUCCUUUUUUUUUUUGUCUUUCUCGAUGGUCUCAUCUUCUUUCUUCCUCUUUCUCCUCCCUACUCUUAAUACAUGGCUUUCUCUUUUUCUUCGUCCGCCUUCCUCUUUCUUCAUCCACUUUCAUUUGAUUCUUCCUUUUCGAGGCUUCAGAACAUACCGGUACAUAAUGUGUCAGUAUAUUGGUAUCUCAAUCUAUGGAUUGGUACGUAGCGGUCUGGGCAGAGACAGAUAAGUUACUAAUCAGUAAGAGACUAUAAACGCUGGUGCACUGCAAGCUUCAGUCGUACAAGUGCUCGACAACUUGGAAGAGUUUUCAUUUGCUGCUCAGUAUCUGCUACAAAGCUCUUCUAUCGUUAGCGGUGGAAGGUAAGUUUGUGUAUGUUAACACUACCCUGUAUACCACUGAAAAGUGCAUUUUACACAGAAUUAUGUUGU